AUGUCGGUAAGUGAGGAGGCUUUUAAUAUUGCGAUCGGUGGAGCGUUAAAAGAUACAUUUCCGGAGAUUUCUAGUCUUACGGAACACCAGUAUAAGGCCUUAUUAAACUAUAUGAAUCGCCGUGAUGUGUUUUGUGUCCUGCCGACUGGAUACAGAAAGAGUUUAAUCUUCCAAAUGGCACCUAUUGUGGCAAAGAAAUUGGGGACUGCAUACAAUUUUCCUGUGAAUCCUAUACUGCUGAUCCUUUGUCCAUUAAAUUCUUUGAUUGAUUCUCACGUUCGUGAACUAAAAAAGCAUGGAUUACGUGCCACUUCGCUGUCAGAUGAACACGACGAGCAAGAAAUAUUAAAUGGUAAAUUUACGUUUGUAUUUUGUAACCCUGAAUCAAUCAUCCGAAGCGAGAAAUGGAGAGCAAUGCUAACAUCAGACAUUUAUCAAACCAAUUUGCUGGGUUUUGUUACAGACGAGGCCCAUGUUGUCCCUAAAUGGGGAAUUGGUAAAGGUGAAAAGCAGCUUUUCGAGAAUGCUUUUCCCGACUUGCUGAGCUCCGAUCACUGGGUCCCCAAACAAUGA